ACCUUGCCUCUUUUCUCAUUCUCUCGACGCCGACAACCACAAGAACAAAGUGAAACAUUGAACUUUUCUGAUCUUCUCUCUCUGUUUCGUCAAUUUGUUGGUUCUAUUCAAGAUGACUAUUUCGUCCUCCCAAGUAGAAAUUAAGACAAGGUCUCCGAUGUGGGAUCAUAGAAACAGAUGCAAGUGUAACUAUUGUGCUAUAGGGUUGAAGUGUGUGACCACUUCUGGAACUUCGAAUUUGGCGAAACAUCUUAAAACAUGCAAGCCAUACAUCGCUUGGCAGCAAAGAGCGACUCAGCAAAAUUUGAACAGCGGUAGUGGUGUAACUGUUGGGAACAUGCAAGUGGGUAGAGUAUCAGAAGCGGUUUUUAGAGAGGCAUGUAAUGAGAUGUUGGUGUUAGGUGAGCUACCUCCUGUCUUUCUUGAAAGCAUAGCAUGGAGACACUUCUACAGACGGUUCAACUUUACCAGCCACAUUCCAGAAAGACAACCACUCAAGAUAUUGUUCAAAUGCAGUAGGAGAAAAAAAGAAGUUGCAGAUGGAAGAACUACCAGUUUGAUUCUACUACUUUUCAAAUCUCAAACUCUAAACCUUAUUCUCCUUUAAUCUCUUUAACUCUUUCUACCUUUUGAAACUUGAUAUCUGAUAACAUGUUCUUAUUGUUGGGAUUGUUUUGAAUGAUUGUAACUUUUGAACUAUUGUACUUGUAGUUUCGGAUAAUUUUGGGUGUUAUUUAGUAGGUUUGUAUAUUUAAGAACCAAACCCAUUAAUAACCGAAAUUUUCGGUUCUGGUUCGGUUCUUAUAUCAACUAUCCAAACCAACCCGAACCGAAUGAGUACCGAACCGGAACCGAUCCGAUUAGAUUCGGUUCUCUUAUGGAUAGUAAAUUCAAUAUCCAAAAUACCCGAUACCCGAAUGGAUAUAC